UCUUGACCAUUAUGCAAAUAAUCGGUAGCCAAGAUGGCGUUGAAAGAAUUGUCCUCGUUGGAGAAAUUUCUUGGAUUAAAAAAGCCUAAUAAAUACAGCACACAGGGAGACAGAAAGGUUCCUGUUCUCCAGAGCAAUAGUGGACCGGGUCUGGUAGGUCUGGUGACCAUCGCCACCCAUCUGACCCAGGAGGCAAAGAAGCCAGACCUACUGGGCAGCUCAGCUGAAGAGAGAGCUGUGGUACAACAGUGGCUGGAAUAUAGAGUCACCAGGCUGGAUGGCUGUGCUAAAGAGGACAUCAGGACUAUACUGAAGGAUCUGAACACAUACCUAGAGGACAAAGUUUACCUGGCAGGGAACCACAUCAGCAUCGCCGACCCGCUUAUGUACUACGGCCUCCACCACAUCAUCAUGGACUUGGCUGUGCACGAGAAGGAGAAGUACCUGAAUGUGACGCGGUGGUUCGACCACAUGCAGCACUACCCCAUCGUCCGACACCACCUGCCCCCCGUAGCGGUCCUGAGGAACAGAGUUUACACCAGCGGCCACCACUGACCACCUCCACCACUGAUUACCUCCACCCCUUUCCCUCGCUACACACACCCACCUGCCAUCACAGAUCUUGGGUGCGGGGGUGCAGGGCACUAUGCGGUUGCAGGGGGUGUGUGAGGUGUUGGCUGCUGACUGGCUUGGGUGUGGGGUCUGGGAGGGUCUGAAGGCAAAUUCUAUCAUAAUCUGCUUAGCCACCCCCAAGUUAAUUAGCAUGGUCUGCCUCCCACAGGUCAAGUGUGUGAUGCCACCUCCCCGAUGGUAGAGAAAGUAAGCAAGCAGUGGUCUCUAACCAUUGAAGUAUUGUUUUGUAUUAAAUGUUUUUUGUUGUUGUUGUUUGUCAUUGGAAACAUGUUCUUUUUUCUGUGUUUUUGUUAACUUAUGUUGGCUAGGAUGGCUGUAGAAAUUGUAAGACUGAUUUCAUGUACACAAGGUGCUGCUAGAUCCAAUGAAAUAACUAGCCAUAGGAAGAAGGGAUGAUUGUCUGUUUGAGCCAGAGCUGAGAAGAGGAAAAGUAGUCCACAAUGGGAACAAAUAGCCUUUUCACCUCUCCUUUUUCCCAGCGCUUCAUCCUUUUAAGUGGAAUUUGACAGCUUGACUUUCUCUGUUACAGUUGAAAGACAGGCUAUCUUGGCCAGAGCACAUCAUGACAAAUAUCCCACUACAUGUGCAUCUAAUGAAGCCUCAAUCAUCACAGUACCCCCAUGUGUUUACCCCACCCCCUUCCCCUAUCUCUCUCUCUGUCUUUUAUCUCUCUCUUUCUCUCUUUCUCUCCCCCUCUCCCUCUCCCUCUAUCUUUCUCUCUGUGUCUUUCUCUCAGUCUCCCACCACUCGUGUGGGCAGUAGCCUGUAGUUCGGAUCGGUCUCUCCCGCUCCACUUGGGCUGUGUGUUUACGCUAAGGGCCAGAGGCCAGCCUGCAGCACCAGCUGUGGUUGAGGAACGAGUGAGAGAUGGAGAGAGAGAAAAAAGACAGAAAGAAAGAGUGGAGCAGAGAGCUGCUGCUGCUGCUGCUGCUGCUGCUGCAUCCAUCGGGUUGCGGCGGGUGACAGCCACGCAUCGUGUGUCAUUUCAUUUUCAUUUUACCCAUGUCCCCCCUGGCCACACCGUGGGGCGGGAAAUCCACCAGUGACACAACAAGCCCAGCAUAGACGCUUCUUCCUCCCAAACAAUGGUCACGCUCAGCUGCAAGGGUUUUUUAGGGUUGCGAAGGCUUUGAGCGCUAGUUCAUAAUGGCUGAACUGAGCUCCGCUUGAAAUGCACUGGAGUUCACAAGGCCAGCUGUCAUGUAUUGAUAACCAGCAAGAUGCAUUCUUCGGGGCUAGACAACGUGAAAUGAGCAACCGGGACUCGAGCCAUGAAGUCAUGAAUAAUGUAACCAUUUUUUAUUUGUUUAUCAUAUAUCUUAUGGUAUGGUUAGGCAUCUUUCUUGUUAACGUAUGAUGGCGUUGUACACUGCGGUACAGCUAGUGUUGUCAUUGUGUAGGAGCGCAAAUGCUUUUGUGUAGCACAUGGCCAAUAAGGUUUGGAGUCCGUCUGUCCCUUGCCUUUGCAGUGGAAAAUCCUUGUGUAAUGAAAGUUUGUCAUAUUGCACAUUCGCCUAUCUGCAAUGCAUUACACUGAUAAAAACUCCCCUCUGCCUCCUCUGAUCUUUUAUUGUGUUUCCUCUUCCCCUUAAGCCUUCUUUAUGAAAAGUCUGCUGCUUUAAAGCUGAGGUUUGUGUUAUUUAACGUCAACAGAACUUGUCGUCCUGUGCCAAUGAAUAAAAAGGGAAAACAUAAAGCCAUUAA